UGGUUUUACGGUCAUUGGACAUUUUCCCUAAAAGCUUCAUUAACAACACUGCAGAACGACAAUGUUAUAGUUUGUGGAAAAUGACAGAUAGACCUCUCCACUCGCAUAUAAAGAAUCCAGUUAUUUUAACAAUAAGUGAUGGAAAGACUGAGUUUCACUCAGGAUGCCGAGUUAUCGAUAUAAACUUUCCAAAUAUCACAAACCCAGAGAGUAGCAAUCCAAUUUCUGUUUCAAUAUGUGAAAGGGUUGGAGAAAUUCACUUUAAGAACAGUUACACAGCUUUCAUAACUGUAAAAGCCAAGUUUAAAGCUCAGGCAGAAAAUGGUGAGGUUGGAGGUGAUGCUAAAUGGAAAACUUGUGUCAGAAGAUUUAGGCUGAUGCCAAACCCACAUAUGGAAGAAGGUUCCCAAGAUUACUUCUGUCUUGGCAAGAAACAUUUUAUGAAUGAACUGAGCAAUAUAAUUCAAUUACGUGUGAUAUUACAACAGCCGUCACCUGUAUGGAAAGAUUUUAGAAUUGAAGAAUUGAAGUUAUACAGAUCAGCAGAGAUGAAUAAAACACCAGCACUACCAUCCUGGCUGAUAGAAGAUUCAGGAAAAUCAAAAAAAUCUGAUAAUGACCUAGAUAAUGACUCUUUUUGUGACAAAUUACGAUCUGAGCGUUCUCCUUGUUUGGCGAGUGUCCCUAACUUGGAAGCAAUAUCAUCAAGUCUACAGCAUCUUUGGGCAUUGGCAGAAGAAGUAGGUGCCAAGCAGACAGAAAGAGCCCUAGGAAGAUAUGAGGUUGAUGGAUGUUAUGAGAUUAAUUUAUUGUCCUAUACAUGAUGUGUGUGAUGUGCAUGAUGUGUAUGAUGUGUACAGUACCAGUGACCUUCAAGUAUAUUCAAAGUCAAUAACAAGGAGACAGAAAACACAAAAAAAACUUUUGCAUGUAUCCUAUUCAUUUUCAUACAUGUUUUGCAAACAUUGUACAAAAAUUUGUACAACUCAUAAUAAAUUUCAGUGUUUUA